AGUUCACAUUAGUUGUUUGGAUUUGAAGUGAGAGGGGAGGACCGGAGCUGGCGACACUCUGAGGGGGUUUAUGUUGCUGCUGCUGGGCCGCAGGGUCUCGCUGUCAUUCGCAAAAAGAGUCCGCACCUGUCAUCCACCGUCGCCGUCGAAGCCCGCUUUGGUCAACUUUAAUCAAAUCCACAGCGACACUCGACACCGUCUUCGUCAGCGCGGCCGGCCAAAAUAGAGAAAAUCAUGCCCGAAAGGAGGCCCUUCGUGCGGUUGCCAACUGACGUUUACCCCGUCAACUACGGCUUAUGCCUGAAGCCUGACCUGAUCGACUUCACUUUCGAAGGCAAGCUGGAGGCUGUGGUGGAGGUUACACAGGCCACAAAUCAGAUUGUGAUGAACUGUGCUGACAUCGACAUCAUCACAGCCUCUUUUGCACCAGAGGGAGGAGAAGAAAUUAAUGCCACAGGAUUCAACUAUCAAAAUGAGGAUGAGAAAGUCACUUUGUCAUUUCCCAGUGCUCUUCAGAAAGGAUCCGGCACGUUGAAGAUAGACUUUGUCGGGGAGCUGAACGACAAAAUGAAAGGAUUCUAUAGAAGUAAAUAUGCAACUCCUGCUGGAGAAAUCCGCUACGCUGCUGUCACACAGUUCGAGGCCACGGACGCUCGCAGAGCCUUUCCCUGUUGGGAUGAGCCAGCUAUCAAAGCCACCUUUGACAUCACGCUGAUAGUUCCCAAGGACCGAGUAGCCUUGUCAAAUAUGAAUGUUAUUGAUCGAAAGCCAUAUCCAGACGACGAAAACCUUGUGGAAGUGAAGUUUGCCACCACGCCUAUCAUGUCCACAUACCUUGUAGCUUUUGUCAUUGGUGAAUAUGACUUUGUGGAGAGCCAGUCGUCAGACGGCGUGACAGUACGCGUCUACACGCCCAUCGGGAAGGCAGAACAAGGGAAAUUUGCACUGGAGGUUGCGACAAAGACUUUACCUUUCUACAAAGACUACUUCAAUGUUCCUUACCCAUUGCCUAAAAUUGAUCUCAUAGCUAUCGCUGAUUUUGCUGCUGGUGCCAUGGAAAACUGGGGCCUUGUUACCUACAGGGAGACGGCGCUGCUAAUCGACCCGAAGAACUCCUGCUCGUCCUCCAGGCAGUGGGUGGCGCUGGUGGUGGGACACGAACUGGCCCACCAGUGGUUUGGAAACCUCGUCACCAUGGAAUGGUGGACCCAUCUGUGGCUUAAUGAGGGCUUUGCUUCUUGGAUCGAGUAUCUGUGUGUGGACCACUGUUUCCCAGAGUACGACAUCUGGACCCAGUUUGUCUCCGCCGACUACACCCGCGCCCUGGACCUGGACGCGCUGGACAACAGCCAUCCCAUAGAGGUGAACGUGGGCCACCCGUCAGAAGUAGAUGAAAUCUUUGACGCCAUCUCCUACAGCAAAGGAGCGUCUGUGAUCCGCAUGCUGCACAACUACAUAGGAGACGAGGAUUUUAGGAAAGGGAUGAACGCUUAUCUUUUGAAGUUCCAACAUAAAAAUGCAUCGACAGAGGAUUUAUGGGACUGUUUGGAACAGGCCAGUGGGAAACCGAUCGCUGCGGUGAUGAGCUCUUGGACCAAGCAGAUGGGCUUCCCUAUUAUUGUAGUGGACCAGGAACAGCAAGGUGAUGACCGCAUCCUCAAGAUAUCUCAGAAAAAAUUCUGUGCCAGCGGACCACAUAAUGGUGAGGACUGCCCCAGCUGGAUGGUCCCCAUUAGUAUCUGUACCAGCGAGGAUCCCGCCUGCACCAAGCUCAAGGUUCUGCUGGACAGACCGGAGACCAGCAUCACGCUCAACAACAUCAGCCCAGACCAGUGGGUCAAGAUCAACCCGGGCACUGUGGGCUUCUAUCGUAUCCAGUACAGCUCGUCCAUGCUGGAGAGUCUGCUGCCGGGCAUCAGAGACCUCACCCUGCAGCCUGUGGACCGACUCGGCCUGCAGAACGACCUCUUCUCCCUGUCGCGUGCCGGGAUGAUCAGCACGGUGGAGGUGCUGAAGCUGAUGGAGGCGUUUGUCAACGAGCCCAACUACACUGUGUGGAGCGACCUGAGCUGCAACCUGGGCGUGCUGUCGUCGCUCCUCUCCCACACCGACUUCCACGAAGAGAUCCAGGAGUUCAUCCGGGACCUCUUCACCCCCAUCGGCCUCAAGCUGGGCUGGGACAGCAGGCAGGGCGAAGGUCACCUGGACGCUCUGCUGAGAGGGCUGGUUCUGGGGAAGCUGGGGAAGGCCGGACACAAACCCACACUGGAGGAGGCCCGGCGGAGAUUCAAGGACCACGUGGAGGGCAAACAGAUCCUGUCUGCAGACCUUCGGAGUCCAGUUUAUUUAACAGUACUGAAGCACGGAGACAGCACCACAUUGGACACGAUGCUCAAGCUCCACAAGCAGGCAGACAUGCAGGAGGAGAAGAAUCGUAUAGAGAGAGUUCUGGGAGCCAUUUCCGCCCCCGACCUCAUCCAGAAAGUUCUCAACUUCGCCCUCUCGGAAGAGGUCCGUCCCCAGGACACGGUGUCAGUAAUCGGGGGCGUGGCAGGAAGCAGUAAACAUGGCCGGAAAGCUGCCUGGAAGUUUGUCAAAGAUAACUGGGAGGAGCUUCACAACCGCUACCAGGGCGGCUUCCUCAUAUCACGGCUCAUCAAGCUCUCAGUUGAUGGAUUUGCUGUCGACAAAAUGGCUGCUGAAGUGAAGAGUUUCUUCGAGAGCCACCACGCCCCGGCGGCGGAGCGCACGGUGCAGCAGUGCUGCGAGAACAUCCUCCUGAACGCCGCGUGGCUGAAGCGCGACGCCGACGACAUCCAUCAGUAUCUACUGCAGCGCAAAGCGCCCCCCGUCUGAGCCGCCGCCCGCACCGCCUCCUCCGAGCCCCCCCUCCCGCCGCCCCCCUCCCUCCCUCCAGCGCGGAAACUCCCAGCAUCAUAGCUGCCUCGGCCCCCCCUCCUCACUACAGACCAGAACCAGAGCGGGAGUCCGGAGCGUACGCAACAGCAGGCUUCAUUUCUCUAAAGAAACUGUAACGAAACAAGACGACAAGCCGAGAACUUCAAGACGCGUUGGAAACAUGAAGGGACUCUUGUACUUGACAAAGCAAACCUGUUUCAGUCAGACGAGGAAUGUAGUUACCCCCAUUCUGUCCACUAGCAGACGACGUUAAGUAACCGUUACGGCGCUCAGCAGCCCGAGCAGACACUAUGAGACGCACUCAGCACCGCACGCCCAUCCGCCGACAGCCACAUCCACUCGCGCAAACCAAGAAAAACAAAAACAAUAUCCAAAAAAAAAAACAAACAAACUCUGCGUCGUAGUUGAGAAAACUGUGAAUUUCUUCCCCCCUCUCUCCGUCUCCUCCUCCUCCUCCUCCUCCUCUUCCUCUUCCUCCUCCUCCUCCUCCUUCUUUGCUGGCACUCAUUUUGAAUGCAUGAAGUAUGAAAUCCUGUGUUGCUGUUUUUUUGUUUUUGUUUACUUUUGUUUGUUUUCUGUACAAACAAAUUAUUUUGUUCUUUUGGUUGUUUGUUUGUUUUUCUCUCGCUAUUUGUUUGUGUUCCACCAGCCCCUCACCUCACUUAACCCCCCCGCCCCCCUCUCCCUCCCUCUCUCCCUCCCUCUCUCUCUCUCUCUCUUUCUUUCUCGGCCGUUGUGAUUGGGUGAAAGCAGAAAGCAGCUGGGCAGAAUGGGGUUAAUAAUAAAAAUAAAAAAGUGUGUGUGCUCUCUCGGCGGCUGUUUCCACACUCGUUGCAACGGCACUGAUUUUCUCUCCAUUGCUAAUAAACGGUUAGGACAAGGCGAGCAGCGCUAGCAUGGUACUACGUUGUAUACUGUAUAAUGCAAGCAUACGUGCGGACGAUGAUGUUCCACCACAAAAAAAAAAAAAAAUCUAAAUGGCGAUGUUCAUGUUCAUAGCAAUGACCCCCCUACCCACCCCCCCAUCCUCCCUAACGCCCAUCAGCCUAUCACAUCCAACCUCUCCAUCCCCCCGCCCCCUCCUCCCCCCUCAGCUCUGUCCUGUCACAGAGGAUGUAAAGAACAAGCGUGCAUAUUCGACCCGUUUCCUUUACCCGCCACUCUCGACGAAAGUGAAAAUAUUGGCGUGUUUUUAUAAGACAUCAGAUGCAGUGAUUUAUUUAAAUGUUGAGAUAAUCUUGUAUUUCUUGGGGGGCGGGGAGACAAAAACAACCACGACACCACUUUUUACAUUUUCGGGGCCUUUUUUUUGUUUUGUUUUUUGUUUUUUGUUUUUUGUUUUUUGUUUUUUGUUUUUUGUUUCCGUUGUGAAUCACCAUCAGGCCGCUCUCCCUCCUCCCGUCAGAGCAGAGCCGAGGCGGGGGGGGCGGCACACGGGGCCCGGUCCGAACUCUUACCUUUUUCUUUUUCAGCAUCUUUACUCUGCUAUUGAACUUGGAAGCCUUAAAUUGGUCAACUGGUUUGCAAUAAUUAUUACACAUUGACGCGGUGAUAGUAAGUUCCACACAGAUGUUAAAAAAAAUAUAAUAAUAAUAAAAAUUGUAUCUAAUGUGACAGAUUAAGGCAGACUUGUUGAACGAGUAUAUCUAUAUAGAAUUUGCAAUUUGAUGUGGUUUUUGAGAACAUACUGACCAAAUCAUCCAACUUGUUGUCAAGACUCUUUUAUUUUAUUUUAUUUUUUUUUCUUCCCCCUCCACCCGGAACAUUUGUUGUGCUUUUUUUGUUUAAAAAAAAAAAAAAAAUACAGUUGGUGUUCAUUAAAGUGAAAAAAGACUACAAAAACAAACAAUGUGAAAUUAGUACAGUUGAUUUUUAUGAGUGAGGUGUGAGUGUGCAUGCCUGGAAAACUGAUUUGAUAUGUAAUUUAACAGUUCUUAAUCUAGUUUACUACAUUUUUGUAUGAUCACACACGUUGACUGCAGAGAGGAUGAACAGAAAUGGAUUUACAAAAAAAAAAAAAAAAAAAAAAUGGUUCUAGCAGAAACUGCAACAGAGAUGGAACGCUGUACAUAACAACUGAAGUAUACCUAAUGAGAAUAAAUAUAAACUGGGUGCGAA